CUUAAAUAAUGCACACAGUUGCAGUGGUUUGAUCCGUGAGAAGAGAAAUAAGGCAAUGGGGUCUCGUUUGGUGUCUUCAAUUGUCAAAGAUAAGGUUCGUAGCAAUCCUUUGGUAAGGCCUAUUGAGCUGAUUACUGAUUUGAAGGAGAAUUAUGGAUUGGAUAUCCCUUAUCAUGUUGCGUGGUAUGGGAAGGAGUCGGCUACUAAGGAUUUGCAUGGUGAUGAGGAGUUGUCUUAUGCUCACCUGCCUUGGUAUGUGAAUGUUUUGAAGGCCAGCAAUGUCGGAUCUCAUUGUGUGCUUGACUGUGGCGAGGAUGGUUCUCGUUUCCAGCGGAUCUUUAUAUGUUUUAAGGCCUCCAUUGAUGGUUUUCGGUGGUGUAGGCCUAUGCUGUUCAUUGAUGGUACUUUCGUCACAAACAAGUACAAGGGUACUCUUCUAGGAGCUACUGCAAAGAAUGGAAAUAAAGAAGUAUUCCCUUUUGCCUUUGCGAUUGUAUCCGGUGAAACUGUGGAUAAUUGGAGGUGGUUUCUGCAAAGGAUAUCUGAAGUCUUGGUUGAUGAAGGUAGGCAACUUACAUUCAUUUCUGAUAGGCAUGGUGCUAUUAUCGAUGCUGUUAGGACUGUUUUUCCUGCUUCUCCCCAUGGUUUUUGUCUAUAUCAUUUGAAAGAGAACUUGAAAAAGAAGUAUCCGCAUGCUGUUGGUUCCUCUUUCAAGGAUCAUAUUUUAUGGCUUUUUUGUAAGUUGUUGUAUGCACCGACUGUUGAGGAAUAUCAAGAUACGUUGAAAAAAUUAAGAGAUGAUGGCGGUUCAAAAAUAAUUGAUAAGUUUUUGGCUGAUCUCCCUGUCCAAAAUUUUGCUAAUGCAUUUUUUCCGGGAAAGAGGUAUGGGGAGGAUCAAAAUGAUGGAGAUGAUUUCUAGGAGGAAGCUUGCAUCCGAGAAA